GGAUUAUUUUCUUUUUCCUCUUCCGUUUGUGGAGUAAAUAAAGAAGAUGAUAUUGAAAGCAGUUUUGCUGCUGGGCUGUGCUCUGGGCAUCAGCACAUUCCCCAUGGAAGAACCUGAAAAUGGAGGCAAGCACUGGGUGGUGAUUGUUGCAGGUUCGAACGGCUGGUACAACUAUCGACACCAGGCAGAUGUGUGCCAUGCAUACCAGAUUGUACACCGAAAUGGAAUUCCAGAUGACCAGAUCAUUGUCAUGAUGUAUGAUGACAUUGCUGAUAAUGAUGAAAAUCCUACAAAAGGCAUUGUCAUCAAUAGGCCUAAUGGCACAGAUGUGUAUGCUGGAGUGCCCAAGGACUACACAAAGGAGGAUGUUACUCCAAAGAACUUCCUUGCUAUUCUCAGAGGAGAUGCAGAAGCAAUGAAGGGGGUGGGAUCAGGAAAAGUAUUGAAGAGUGGUCCCAAGGAUCAUGUGUUUGUUUAUUUCACUGACCAUGGAGCUCCAGGACUUCUGGCUUUUCCUGAUGACGAUCUUCAUGUGAAGGACUUGAAUAAGACUAUUUGGUACAUGUAUCGUCACAAAAAAUACCAGAAGAUGGUGUUUUAUAUUGAAGCAUGUGAGUCUGGAUCUAUGAUGAAUCAUUUGCCUGAUAAUAUCAAUGUUUAUGCAACAACAGCUGCCAAUCCCAGAGAGUCAUCGUAUGCAUGUUACUAUGAUGAUGAAAGGCAGACUUAUCUUGGGGACUGGUACAGUGUGAAUUGGAUGGAAGAUUCAGAUAUGGAGGACCUAAGAAAAGAAACACUCCACAAGCAGUUUCAGCUGGUGAAGAAACGUACCAACACCAGCCAUGUGAUGCAGUAUGGAAACAGAAGCAUCUCCUCCAUGAAAGUGAUGCAGUUUCAGGGCAUGGGGAAGAAAGCUGUCCCCAUCUCUCUGCCACCUGUAGAACACUAUGACCUAACGCCUAGUCCUGAUGUGCCUCUUGCAAUCAUGAAGCGAAAGCUGAUGGUUACCAAUGACAUUUAUGAGGCUAAGAAGAUUGCUGCAGAAAUAAAAGUACACUUGGAGGUGAAAGAAUUUAUCCAAGAAUCCAUGCGAAAGAUAAUCACCUUAGUAACAGGAUCAGAAGAACAGACCAAACAAAUUCUGUCAGACAGAUUGACCAUCAGCAAUUACGACUGCUACCAGUCAGCGGUGACCCACUUCAAAACUCAUUGCUUCAACUGGCACUUAGCCAUGUAUGAGUAUGCACUGAGACAGCUGUAUGCCUUGGUCAAUGUUUGUGAAGGAGGAUACCCCAUUGACAGAAUAUACCUGGCCAUGGAUAAAGUGUGUCAUGGAUAUUAAUGUAAACAACAGCCCCUGAUAUAACCCUGAUAUUACUACACGAGAUAACGUCUUGUAACUGUAACAAUCCAGACUUUAUGUGCAUGCAACAUGACAGAGAGUCAACCACUGUGCUGGAACUGUGCUGGGAGC